AUGCCACAUUGUAUAUCUGAAGCGCUAUUCGACGAAAUAUUGUCAACGACGCUUGAAAAACGGUUUGAAAAUAUUGAAGCAUUAUCGGAAGAGCAAAAGACAUCUSUUUUGGCUUUGAUAAACAAGAAAGACGUGUUCGCAAUAUUGCCUACGGGCCACGGAAAAUCCUCGAUUUUUCAACUUCUGCCAGAUCUUUGCAGAGAGUUGUUUCUACGAGGUUAUUCAUAUGCAAAGAAUGCAAUCAUGGUAGUAAUUUGCCCACUACGAUCCUUAGUCGACUUUCACAUUCGUGAGCUCGAAGGAUAUGGUCUACGAGCGACAUCCUUGAAUGGAGAUGAACUCGACGAAGACGCCAUUCUGCGAGGAGAGUACUCGUUCGUGUUUGCCAGCCCCAAGUCCUUUCUCGAAAAUGACAAAUGGAGAAAAAUGCUUAUGAACGAUGAGUACCAAAACAGAUUGUUCUCUUUUGUAACAGAUGAAGCGCACGUCGUUCCAAAAUGA